UCUGAGGCCCUGGAGGAGUGUGUGUGAAGCAGGUUUGUGAGCACAGCAGCCAGAAGAGGAGGAGGAGGAGCAAGGAGAAAGACCAGUGAGAAGUGUGGCCGCAGACAUCGAGGGAAGAAGAAGAAGAAGGUUUACUCCUCCUCACCUGGGGGAUCAAUGAAAGAAGCCAUGCAGGUGCUCACAGCAGGAGCAGGGCUCCACGAGACAUUGGCCCUGCUCACCUCGCAGCUGCGGCCCGACGCCAACCACAAGGAGGACAUGGUCUUCCUCAAGGAUGUUUUCAGCGAGAGGAGCUUGGCGUACCUAAUGAAAAUCCACGACAGGCUGAGACAGUACGAGAGACAAAGUCCAACUCCUGUCCUGCACAGUGUCUCUUCUCUAGCUGAAGACGUGACGGACGAGCUGCAGAGUCGCCCGAUGAGCACGGAGGAGCGGGAGCUGCUGCAUCUGCUCACAUCACCGCAUCUCAAGGCCCUCCUUUCCGUGCACGACACGGUGGCCCAGAAGAGUUUCGAUCCUGUCCUGCCGCCGCUGCCCGACGACUACGAUGAUGAACUGGAGGAGGAGUCGGUGAAGAUUGUGCGUCUGGUGAAGAACAAGGAGCCUCUGGGUGCCACCAUCAGGCGGGAUGAGGCCACCGGAGCUGUAAUUGUGGCUCGUAUCAUGAGAGGGGGCGCAGCGGACAGAAGCGGUUUGGUACAUGUAGGGGACGAACUCAGGGAAGUCAACGGCGUCUCGGUGGUCCACAAGAGGCCCGACGAGAUCAGUCAGUUGCUGUCACAGUCACAGGGCUCCAUUACUCUGAAGAUUAUCCCUGCUGUUAAAGAAGAAGACCGACUGAGGGAGAGCAAGGUGUACGUGAGAGCCUUAUUCGACUACAUUCCGUUGGAGGAUAAGGCCACGCCAUGCCAAGAGGCCGGACUUCCCUUCAAGCGCGGCGACAUCCUGCAGAUAGUGACCCAGGAUGACCCUACAUGGUGGCAGGCCAAGCGCGUGGGUGACAGCAACCUGCGCGCCGGACUCGUUCCGUCCAAACACUUUCAGGAGAGGCGACUGGCCUACAGGAUGAAAGUGGGCACGCUUCCCAAUCUCAAGUCCCCCAAAACUCCUUCCUAUGACCAAGUGUGUGAUAAAGACGACUGUGACUGUGAGGGCUAUUUCAAUGGACAGUACAUAGUUGUAGUCUCUCCUAAGUGUAACGCAGUGGCGCCCUCCUGCGGCCAGGUGUUUUCCUGGGAAUUUUAUUCAGCCGGUCUGCGCAGGAGCUUCCGCCUGAGUCGAAAAGACCGACAAGGCUCCUCUAGCGACGGCUCCGAUCCGGGAGAUUCUGAGUUCCUGACCUACGAGGAGGUGACCCGCUACCAGCACCGGCCCAACGAAAGGCCCCGACUGGUGGUUCUGAUUGGUUCUCUCGGUGCACGGAUCAAUGAACUCAAGCAGCGGGUGAUUGCUGAGAACCCGCAUCGCUACGCAGUGGCGGUACCACAUACCACCAGGCCCAAGAAACCUCAUGAGAAGGAAGGUGUGGAAUAUCACUUUGUCACCAAGCAGCAGUUUGACGUCGACGUCCUCAACAACAAGUUCAUCGAGCACGGAGAGUACAAGGAGAACCAGUACGGCACCAGUAUCGAGGCCAUCCGCUCCGUGCAGGCCAAGAACAAAAUGUGCAUUGUAGACGUUCAGCCUGAGGCCUUGAGAAGGCUGCGGACGGUGGAGUUCAAGCCCUACGUGGUUUUUGUCAAACCGCGGGUUCCCGAAAGCAGACGGCGUCGUACUGCCGCCACCUCGCCGGGAGGUGCGGAGCAAGGGCGCGUUAUGGACGAGGACCUCCAGGAGAUGCGCCAGUCCGCCAUCCAUAUGGAUCAGCAGUAUGGACAUCUAGUAGACCGGGUCCUGAUCAAGGAGGACUCAGCCAGUGCCUGCACAGAACUGCAGAGUAUUUUGGAAAGACUGGAGCGUGAGUGUUUCUGGGUGCCUCUCAGCUGGGUUCGGACCUAAAAACGCCUCAAAACCUCCAUCCUCCUGACCCUCAACCGGACUGGAGGUUCUGCUGCACUUCCCAUCCUGGACUCGGCGGGGAACUGUGUCUACAUCACAAAAAUUUGCAAAUUCCUGAAUGCCACAUUUAUCAGGUUUGCUUUGAAGAACUGCUUGAUUUCUCCCAAUGGAGUCCGUUUAGUAGCAUGUUUUGUAAUGAAGACAGAUCACAGAAUGCUUCCCAGACACAAACUACUCAACAGAAUGUAACAUGUUUAUUUUUCCACAAGCUUCUUUUCAAGGAACUGCAUGUCCACUUGCAUAUUUAAUGUAAAUAAUAUACAUGUGACUCCUGGUGUGCCAACGAAUGGAACUUGUUUACCUUGGAGCCUGCACCUGAUUGUAUGGAUGGGUGAGUAUUUUUUUUAAUUUAUUUUCAUAUUUGACUUGAACAGCUCUCACUUUACAGAUAAAUGCUAAUGCUAAAUGCUAAUUAAAAAGUGCUGACUGCAUUGCAUCUUGUCUUAGGGUAUAACCCUACACAUAUUUAUGUAUGUGGAUUUAAAAAAAAGUAUAUUGUGGCUGUCUUGCAGAUUAUAAUUUUUUAAAGCUUGUUAUAUGUUAGUUUUGUUUGACAAUACAUAAACUAAUGCUCACGGGCGGAUAAUGCAAAAAUAAAUAAAUAAUAAAAGCUGAUUAACUGGAUUCUUAUUUUUGCUUGGUAUGCUAACUAGCUAAAUGAAAAAAAGAGCAACUUUCACAGCAAAUGUAACAUUUGUUCUGGUCUUCGAAGGCUGCUUGAUGGCCCACACAAGCCUCAAUGUCAAAGUCAUUUGUAAUGCAUACAUAUGUAAAAAGUGCCAUAAUAAAAAAAUAAUAAAGCUGGUUAUGGUUGA